AUGGUACCAGGGUUCACAGACCAGCCAGGGGAGCUGAGGGGUUUCUCUAUCCACAUAUGCCUCUCUAAAGGUCCCGGGGGAUUUGGUUUCAACAUCGUGGGGGGCAGCAGAGCCAGGGAGUUUCUCCAAGUCUACAGCAUCACGCCAGGGGGACCUGGAGCUCUCAACACAGCGGAUAUCCUGGUGUACAUCAACGACGUCUGUGUCCUGGGAACGUCUCAUAAAGAGGUGGUGGAGAUGCUGAAGGCAGUGCCUGUGGGCCACAGUGUGGACAUGGUCCUCCGGAGGGGCUACCCCAUGCUCUACAACACAGACGGAUGCCUCAAGCAGCCCCAUCCUGGGUCAACUGAUGUCUGUGAUCCCCUCCUCCCGCCUACCACCACCCAGCCCCAGCCAUUACACCAGCUCCUCCCCCGCCCAUCCACAGCCCCAACCCAGACCCAGUAUCAUAAUCUCAAUGGCGUCCUUUCUCACCACCAUGACGUGGAUUAUAUGGGUCCAGGAGUGGGGCCAGGACUGGAUGCCAAUGGGAAUGCCACCUCCACAGCUACCCGACCGCCACCCUCUUACAGACACUCCAAUGGAAACCUCGCUCACUCCCCGGCCCCUUCAUCACCCUUUUAUAGAAUAUCCAGUGGACAUCUCUCUGACUCCACUGCCUUUGAUUCACCCUCCUACAGACGGUCUAGUGUGCACCCCGCUGACUCCGCCGAGCCGCCCUCCUACAGACGUUCCAGGCGUUAUCUAUCUGACUCCACCUCCCCUACAACACCAUCUUAUAGAUGUUCCAGUGGCAGCAUCACUGUCACCACCCCCCCGGUCCGCCCACCCCGCUCCCUGAGGGGUCUCGCCCACCUGCAGGCCCCGGAUAACUCCCAGAGUGACAGUGAGGUGGUCUCAGCCAUCGGCUCACACAGGGCAUCCAUGAUCCGUAACCACAACAAUAACUCCCUCUCUACCCCCCCUCAGCCCCUGCGCUACAGAACCUCUAAGAGUGACCUGUCAGAGAGCGACCUGUCCACCUCCUCCACACUCCCUGUGUCCAGACUGCCCAUGCCCCAGUCAGGAAGACCCCGCCUUUCAUCCUCCCCAGGCGGAGGGGUAUACUCCCGCUUCAUCAGGCCCCAGGCUUCCCUGCUGAGACCCCCUCCCACCCCCGACAGCCCACAAAUCGGCUUCCAUAGCAACACCAGUGGCAGUGGAAGUCACAGCAGCAUCUCGUCUCCGGGGUUGAUGAGCCUGUGCAGCGGAGGUGGGGUCAGAGGAGGUGGGGUCGGAGGUGGAGGGGAGCUGGUGCCUGUAGCCCUGGCUCAAUGUGAGGGGGGAGGAGAUAUGGGCUUCAGUGUGACGGCCGGGGGACAGGGGGGCAGGCUGGCCCUGAUCAAGAGGGUCUGGGAUAGGAGGCAGUGCUCCUCCCUACAGCCAGGGGAUGCCAUCAUGAAGAUCAACGGAGUAGACGUCCAGAGUCUCAGCUUUGCACAGAUACAACGAGUUCUCCAGGAAUACACCAAACAAAAAGAAGUUAUCCUAUUGGUUCACAGAGGAGGUUUCCAUCAUUCUUCCAUCUCCCCCAACUCUAUACGGAAAGUCCCCUCACCACUCCUUCGCCCCCCUCCUUCACCUGUGGCCUCAGACAAGAACCCAUCGCCCCCUGCAGUUGUCCUCUUCCCACCCCGUCCCACCUCCACCCCUCCUCCCCCUCCCCCAGCCAUGGUGCGCUCCUGUCUGGUCCAGAGCACCAGUUUCCUGGAGUCAGUCCCAGUCACCCUCACCAUGGAGCCCAAAGACUGGCUGAACGCGGGCAUAGAGGAUGAGAGGGACAGGGGGGUGGUGGUCCCAGGACCAGGGCAAGAGGGAGGGGGACGGAAUCGUGUACCCCGGGGAUUCGAUGUGGAGCUGAGGAGGAAGCCAGAAGAGGGGUUCGGAUUUGUCAUCGCUUCACAGGAUGUAGAGAAGGGGAAAGCUGCCUCCCUCCUCCCUCACCGGUUCGUGACGGUGCGUGGGGGCAGUCCUGCAGCGAGGAGCGGUCAGAUACGGCCCGGUGACCGGUUGGAGGCUGUUCAGGGGCAUUCUGUGGUGACCCUUCCACACCGGGAGCUCGCCCACAUCCUCCGCAGAGCUGGAAACACCCUACGCCUCACCAUCAUCCCCCGUCCUAGCACCUACUCCUCCAGCCUAUCAGAGACCACAGAUUAUGACCCCAAUUACACAAGCAGGAAAGGUCACAGGUCACGACCCAAGCAUGACUCUAGGUAUUACAGCGUGGAUCUAGACCGCGGGCAGACAGGGUUUGGGUUCAGCCUGCGAGGGGGCAGUGAGUACAACAUGGGUCUGUAUGUAUUGGGACUGAUGGAGGGGGGACCUGCCUCACGCAGCCACAAAAUACAGGUGAGUGACCAGUUGGUGGAGAUCAACGGGGACAGUACAACAGGGAUGACCCACAGCCAAGCAGUAGAGCAGAUACGCAGGGGAGGACACCACAUAUACCUGGUUCUAAAGAAAGGCCAUGGAUACGUCCCUGACUACGUCCGUGAUCGCAGAGUCACCUCCCCCUCCCUCCCACAGCAGCAUCCCGAGGAGCAGAGUGUGGCUCCAGUAGAUCUGGCCCGCCUGGAGGGCCGCAUCCACAGAUCCAAGGUGAAGACGCGGGGCAGGUCUUCGAAAGGGGAGAUAAAGGAAGAAGAAAGGAAGCAGAUCAGCGAGAGGAAGGAGCAGGGGCAGUAAGACACAGCCUUGAUUCAGACCCUGAUCCUGAGAGACAGGAGGAGGGCAGUGAGACAGGGGGUGGUGGAGUGUGAGAGAGGACUCAGGUGAGAGGGAAGGAUAGCAGGAGGAAGAGCAGGAACAAGGGAGGCUCUCACAGUUUACCCAGAGAUGCACUGAGGAACUAUGACAAUGAUGAUAUACACACAGAGGCGGAGGGAGGGAGGGAGGGAGAUAAAGAGAGGAAAAGCAGGAGUGAGGAGAGGGUCAGGAAGAG